GCAAUUGGCUACAGUAACUAAAAUUGCGCGGUUUAAAAUAAGAUUCAAAAAUUGAUUUUACAAAUUUUUCUGACAUUUAACAAAUUUUAAUAUGAGUAAAAUUCUUCAAAGUUUUGAUGGUGUUCAAGGAAACGACGUUUAUAUAUCAUUCUUAGUAGUAGGUAAAUCAGCAUUAUGUAAACUUUUAUCGGAUGGACUUCACGUGAAUGCAAAAGAAAAUAACUGGCACAUAGAAGUACACAAAUGUGAAUCCAUAUCAGAAGUAUUAGAGAACAACAUUUCUAUACAAAUUGAUUUCAUCAUUUUUGCAUAUGAUUCAUUAAUGUCUGCAUCGAUAGACUGGAUUGAGACAAAUAUAGGUCUAAUAGAUGAACAUUUUGUAAUAUCUGGUGCUUGCUGUUUAGUGCAUGAUAACAGUACAUUAGAUGUAAUGGGUUUUGUAUUUCAUAAUUUAAAAGAAAUACGCAAGAAAUAUAACAUACGAUUUUUAUCUACCAAGAUUUCUGAUCCUAAACAAUUUAAUGACUUAAUAAACAGAAUAUUAACUUUAGCAUCGACAAUAUUAGGAUUAGAAAAUGAAAUACCUACAAUAAUAAAUACACCAUGAAAUGAUUAUAUCAAAUAUUGCAUA